AUGAUAGCAAUGUUAACAACAUUAUUAACAUUUUAUAUUAGUCAAAAUAAUAUAAUAACAUUGUUAAUAGCAAUAGAAAUAUUAUUAUUAACAGUAACAGUUAAAUUAAUAUAUAUAGGAGGAGUAUAUAAUGAUGUAGAAGCAACAAUAUAUGCUAUAUAUAUAAUAAUAUUGGCAGGAGCUGAAUCAGCUAUAGGUUUAAGUUUAUUAGUAUCAUAUUAUAGAUUAAGAGGGAAAGUAACAAAUAUAUUAUAA